GGGAGAUACGCUAAAAAAACAUUGUGAUUGUGAUUAAUUUCUGUGAUUGUGAUUUUCAGAUUGCCAUUGCAUCAAGUGGCUAGUUUUAUCGUUUCUGUUUUAUUUCCAUUAAAACUUCUCAAAUUAUUUAAAAUUGUUAUUGAUUCUAUAUUAAAUAAUGAAAUAAAAACUUGUGUAAUUAGUGUUUAACCGUCAUCGAUGCCAUACAUUAUAGUUCGUGGUAACUUGGCAUCAUAUGAUAAUAGAUAUCCGUGGAGAGUUUUGGUAUCUGGAUUAAAAGCGGAGGACAUAGUCGAACUGAACCGGUUCGCUUCGGGUGGCUACUGCGACGACUCGACGAUCGUCUACCUGCAGCACCCGUGUGUGAUCCUGACCGCCUUGGAGGUGCUCGGCUACCAGGUGGUGGCCUCUUCAUCGACGGCUGUCAAGCAGGACUACAACGAGUACAUGUGGACCAUGCGCAAAGAGUUCACCGAACCCGAGCCAACCACCCUCACACAACCGCCUAAGCAAACCAAGGCCUAGGCCAAGGAGUGAAGGAGACUCCACUCGCCGACUCUCCACCAAUUUGAACUGCACUGUCAGCAGAAUCAUGUCUGAGAACUACUACAUUGCUGUAAAGGCCUCCCUGCACGCCACCGAUGUUCAGGUGUUUGGUUUGGAGGAGGUCGAGGUGUCUGCUCUGUUCGAGCGAUUUGUCGGCUCCUCGAGAAACAUCAUUAACGGCGUCCUUAUUAAAGGUGAACCGAUCAGAGUCAUCAACCUUCUCAGUGAGUUGGGCUAUAAAGUUGUUUGCAGUUCCGGCGAAGGCGAAAUAGUGUGGACAUUGUGUCGGGAGAUAUUGUUGAAGGAGCGUAAUGAAGGUGUCAUUAUUAGAGAUUUAAAGGAUUCGAGCAAAGAUUGUCCUUCGCCCUUGAUUGUUUUUUCUUCCCACUGAAUGUUAUGCAUCGAUGUUAAUGAGCCUACGAUGAGCCUACCUCCAAAUCGUUGGCUCGUUAUUAUUUGAUACAUCCUGACCACUAUUGUGCCGAGCCAAAUCGAAGGAACGUCACCAUCCGCUGUUAGCAAAGAGUGAGCUGGUGGUGGGGGUGGGGGGUGGCGAUGCCUCACUUGGUGGUGAAGGGCAGCGAGGACGGGCGGCAGAGCGUUGUGUUCGGACUCAGUCGGAGCGAGUUGGCGGCACUGGCAUCCUCAGUCGGAGGCCUGGCCUGCUGGGGCAGUCGCAUCGGACAGGACGGACAGACAUUUAACAAUCCGCCCCUCCAGGUGCUGUCAGUUUUGGAGCAGAUUUUCGGCUACCGAGUGCUGACUUCGACUUCGGGACCCCACGCAUCGGCCAUUUGGACACUACACACAGUGCAUUCUUUCCACUAAGAGACCGUCUGUUGAAUGUGUACCAUUAUUCUUUAGUUUCAGUGUUAGUGUGAGUGAUUAGUGUACUACUUCUACUUAAUAUGUGUGACGAGAGCCAUGCGUGUUGUGCGCAUGCGCAGUCGUCAACUGCGCAGACUCUGGACGAGAUGGACUUUGAACGAGGCGUCUGGUCGGCAGCUCUGGAUGGAGACGAGGAUCGUGUGCGCCGGCUUCUGAGAGGAGGAGUGUGGGGCGUGGAUGAGUUGGAUAAGGCCGGCUACACACCACUGCACUACGCGGCCCGGGCGGGUCACACUGCCGUCUGCCGGCUGCUGCUGCAGUCAGGUGCCAGUGUGAACCUGGCCACGCGUGCCGCCAACGCCACCGCCCUGCACCGCGCAGCUCUCAAAGGCAAGGAGGAAGUGGUGAGUCUGCUGCUAGACUUCAAGGCAGAUGCGCUGUUGCCAGAUUGUGACGGUCGAACUGCUCUGCAUAGAGCUGUGGAGGGAGGCCACUGCGCUGUUGCCAAACUUCUGUUGCAGGCAUGUCCUCACCUCGCUCAGGUGCCCGACAAACAAGGACAUCUGCCAACACUGAACGGACUGAUUUAGCAUUUCUAUUCUUACUCCUACCACUGUAUUACUAAGUAUUAAUAAUCAUUGUUGUCGUAGUUAGUUGGUUGUCUUAUAUCCAUAAUCCAAAAAAUAAUACUACUAUAGUUGGAUGUACUUGUUUAUUUAAAUAAAAACAUACUAUAUUUUUUGCACUAAUGAUGCAUAAUACAUCAUCAACAGAAGCCAAACUGAACGCAAUGAUGCACCGGUACAUGAAUGUGAUAUCAUGGUUAAACUAGGCUAUGUGGAGACUGCGCCGAGGACUGAUUAGCCGAAGCAUAGAUAAUAAAUUAUUAUUAGUCGGAUUAACCGAUCAGCUGGAUUAGCAUGGUUCUACUUUACCAAGAAUUAAUUGUUGUCAAUGUUAGUUCUAUGUUUUAUUUCUAAAAUCCAAUAUAUUAAAGUUAGAUGUUUAAUUUUUUGUAUAUUCAUUGAACUGCUUAUCCUUGAUAAACCACUGAUAAUUUAUUUGGUGGUAUAUCUAGUAUCUACUUGAUGCUUUACUGAAGUAACCAAUGGAAAGAUAUUUAAUGUUGUUGUUAAUGGGUUUUUAAUGUUAUUAUAGAAAAUGUGCUAAGUUUGUAAAUCAAAGAAGUACUAGUUUAAUUCCAGGUUAUUGAAAAUAGUAUGUUGGAUGUUGAGGCUUGAGGUACUAAAGCUGAAACAAUUUUUAAUGUUAUAAAGAAAUGUGCUGAAAUUAUUUGUCUAUUAUCAAAGAAGUACUAUUUCAAUUCCUAUUUAUUGAUAAGAUUUUGGAUGUUGUUUAUGGCAUUCUGAUAAAACUUCAAAUACCACAUAGUAAACCCGCUAGAUCUUUCUAUCUAUAGUUGUAAGGCUGCUAUUGUUGUAUUUCUCCAUAAUGAAUGAAACAAAAUCUGUUUGAUAAGAUUUAUUUAAUGAGGUAUUGUCCACUGUCAACCACUGUUAAAAUUAAGUUUUCCAUCAUUAUUUGUUUCAUCAUUUCGGUUUAUUAUCAGAGAAGUAAUAGUUCUAUUUUACGUUAUUAACCUUAAUUCAAUACCUUUUAGGCCGAUUUCACUUCUAUUUCAAAGUACUUGGAUAUGUAUAUAUAAAUAUUUUUGAUUAUAAAAUUCAAAUCUAAAAAUGUUAAUAGCUUUUAUUUUAUUUUUAACGAUUUAUUUAAUUUAUUUCCAUUUGAAAGAUGUUGCAUGUUUAUAUGUCCGAUUAUUUAAAAAGGCUUUAGUGUUAAAUGUUGGUAACUUGAUAUAAUAAAUAGUAUUGAUGUAAAUAACACUACUUGUAUUGUUUGUUGUAAAUCUUGGUUAGCAUGCGAUUGAAUAAUCUGCUUACAAUUGAUAUUUAUGUAAUAAGUUUAGGGAUUAAUUGGGGGCUAACAAACAUGGUUAGUUCAAUAGGUUAAUACUUCAAUGUAAAUCAAUGUGUUUUUCUUGAGUACCUAUCUUUCUAUUCAAAGCUUACACGUUUGAUGUGUUGAGUGAUUUCUUAUUGAGUACUGUACUCUUUAUAAAAAUAUUUUUAUCCAUCAUUCUUAUAAAUUAUGAGAUUGUAAUUAUCUCGUAUCUUGUCAAUUCAACGCAUUUUCAAAUAAUAAAAUUUCACUUGUUAUGAGGUAGAAUUGAGAAUAAUCACCGUAAUAAUAAAUCGUGGACAAAGAAACUAGACAUCAUUUUUAAAUCGACUAUUCGAAACAAAGAAACUUUUGUAGUGAUUAUCUGAAUCCCUUAAUAAUUAUAGCUUCUUGAUUUUUUGUAACAUUUGAUCAUGUAUUUUUUUGUAGAAAUAAAUUGAAUUGAAAGAGCAAACGGAUUAAUAAUGCUGAUUAAUAAAAUUAUGGUGCACUAUUUAUUAAUUUGAAGGCUGGUCUAUUAGUUUUCUAUUAUCAUUGUCUGCAAAAUUUGAGUACUGUUCAUAUUUAACUGUCUCCUAUAUCAAAUUCUUGAUUCACUAUAGUGAAUAUGUCAAUACAUUAAAAUUCAAAUUUAUUGGAUAAAAAACACACUUACAUGUCAAUAAUACAAUACAAGAAAUAUCAAAAACAAGUAUAGGCCUAAUGAGCCCCGAGAUGGUCAAUGUGGGACUUUAUAAAGAAAAUAAAUUAAAUUCACACUUUCAACGUGACACCGACUUGCGGAUAAAUUAUCAAACAUAAAUAUUAAGCUCCUACUCAUAUAUAUCAUUAAAAAUACAUACUAAUAACUACGAUAAUAGUGAUAGUGUUGACUAUCAUCGACACUGAGUGUUGAUGAAGGGCCUAGUGUUCGAAAGCGCUCCACUAA